AAACAUUCCGUAAAAUAAGCUUAUUUCAGUUUAAAAUAACAUACUUAGUGACUGCUUUCCUAUCCAAAUAUUGUUAGGAAAAAUAUUUCUGGUAAUUUAAAAUGAACCCACAAUAUCUGCCUCCACAACAGUUUGGAGGUCCACCACAAGGUUUUCCUCCUACUAGCAGAGUAUCCCCAAAUACAUUUCAAAGUGCUCCUGUUGGUCCCCCAAAACCUGGUCAACUUCCUCCUCAAAGUGACCAUCGUGCCGCUCCACCAGGUCCACUGAAUUCCAUGGGACAUCCUACCAAUAGUCUGCAAGGUCAAUUUCCACCAAGUUUAAGCAGCCAACUACCCAGACCACCAAUUCCAUCCAGUCAGUUGCCACCAUCUGUGGGACAUGACUUGAAUAACUCAUUUGGACCUUCACCAACAAAACAUGAUAAUAUUCCUCCAAGUAAUCUACAAAAUGGGCCUCCCCAGUUUCAAAACGGACCACCACAAUUUCAAAAUGGACAGUCAGUUCCUCCAACAAGUCAACCAAACAGACCACCUUCUAAUUUCAUGCCUCCAAAUCAGAACCAGUUUGGACCUUCCCAAACAUCAAAUCAAAACAUGCCUCCCAGACCUUCUUCUAAUCAAUCAAAUAGUAUGGGACAACCUCCUCUGCCAAGUGGCCCUCCAUCUCAAUUUGGACAACCACCUUUGUCAACAGCACCACCAUCAGUUUCAAAUGCUUCACCACUGAUAUCAAGUGGACCUUCAACAUUAUCAAGUGUGCCUCCAACAUUAUCUAGUGGGCCUCCAACACUACCAAGUGGUUCUCCUCAAAUAAGCCACACAGGUGCUCCACCAAAUCAACCUUCCCUGCCGGGAGGACCUCCACCUCAAAUGGGACCUAAUCCACAGUUAGGACAACCACCUUUGCCAGGUGGUCCACCAAGUCAUCUUGGUCAGCCUUCUUUGGCAAACCCACAAUCCCAUCAGGGUCAACCGAAUCUUCCUGGGGGCCCACCUCGAUCUUUAGGUCAACCUGGUGGUCCACCCUCACAUCUAGGACAUCCUCCAAUGCCAGGAUAUCAGGGACAACCAACAUCACAGUUUGACCCACAAGGUCCAAUGACACAACAAAAUGGACCUCCAAACGUGUAUGGAAAUCCACCAAAUCAAUUUAACAAUCAGAUGGGUCCUCCAAAAGUGGGGCAGUUUCCUCCACAACAAAGGCCAAUGCAACCUCCCCAACCUGGACAGCAGCUCAUGCCGGGACAAGGUCCUUUAAUAAAUGCUUCAGGUCCAUAUGGACCUUCUUCAGGACCAGCACACCAAAUGCCACCUCAUCAAGGACAGCCACCAUAUGGACCUGGCCAAAUAUCCAGUCAGUUGCAGCAAAUGAAUCUAACUGGUCCAAAACCGGCUUAUCCAGUACCACAAGGCGGUCCCAUGAGACCGAUGAAUGGAGACGGCGGUCCGCAUAUGCCUCCACCAAUGAACCAACCCGGAUAUAUUAAUAAUCAACAAGGCAGAGGUCCUCCUGGGCCUGGUUAUCCACCGAUGCCGGGGCAACCGCCGAUGCCAGGACAAGGACAUAUGCCUGGUCAAGGGCAAUACCCCGGACCUGGUGGUGGAUAUCCGCAAGGCAACUACCAACAAGCUGCGCCGGCGCAACACAAGAUUGAUCCUGAUCAUGUGCCGAAUCCAAUUCAAGUUAUCCGAGAUGAUCAGCAAGACAGGGACAGCGUUUUUGUUACGAAUCAAAAAGGACUUGUGCCGCCUAUGGUGACUACCAAUUUUGUUGUUCAAGAUCAAGGAAAUUGCAGUCCACGAUUCAUGAGAUCUACCAUAUAUAAUGUUCCAAUUUCACAGGAUUUGUUAAAACAAUCGGCACUUCCAUUCAGUCUCUUAAUAAGUCCAAUGGCCAGACAAGUAGAGCAAGAAUACCCUCCACCAAUAGUUAAUUUCGGAAGUCUCGGUCCUGUCAGGUGCAUCCGUUGCAAGGCCUACAUGUGUCCGUUCAUGCAGUUCGUCGAUUCUGGAAGGAGGUUCCAGUGCUUGUUUUGUAACGCAACAACUGAUGUUCCAACAGAAUAUUUCCAGCAUCUAGAUCAGACCGGCCUAAGAAUGGACCGCUUCGAACGACCCGAAUUGAUCCUCGGCACAUAUGAAUUCGUCGCUACUCCCGAUUACUGCCGAAACAACGUUCUGCCCAAACCGCCAGCGGUCAUUUUCGUUAUCGAUGUGUCAUACAAUAACAUUAAAUCAGGAAUGGUUUCCUUGUUGUGCAAUCAGAUGAAAGAAAUCAUUCAAAAUCUUCCGGUGGAUCAAGGACAUGAAAAGAGCAACAUGAAAGUUGGAUUCAUUACGUAUAAUAGUUCGGUGCAUUUUUAUAAUAUCAAGGGAAGUUUGACAGCUCCACAAAUGUUGGUGGUAGGAGAUGUUCAAGAAAUGUUCAUGCCUUUGUUGGAUGGUUUCUUAUGUACUCCAGAAGAAUCUGGACCCGUGAUAGAUCUACUCAUGCAACAGAUUCCCGCAAUGUUUGCAGAUACCAAGGAAACCGAAGUCGUUUUGCUACCCGCAAUUCAAGCUGGAUUAGAAGCACUAAAGGCUUCCGAAAGUACUGGUAAACUUCUAGUAUUCCAUUCCACUUUACCGAUAGCAGAGGCUCCAGGUAAAUUGAAGAACCGUGACGAUAGAAAAGUCUUAGGAACUGAUAAAGAAAAAACAGUCUUGACACCACAAACACAAGCAUACAACCAGUUGGGCCAGGAAUGUGUUAGCAACGGUUGUUCCGUUGAUAUGUAUCUCUUCAAUAAUGCUUACAUUGAUAUAGCCACUAUUGGUCAAGUGUCUAGACUGACAGGAGGAGAAGUAUUUAAGUAUACUUAUUUCCAGGCUGAUAUUGAUGGCGAACGUUUGAUAACAGACGUUAUCUUAAAUAUUAGUCGACCAAUAGCGUUCGAUGCUGUAAUGAGGGUUAGAACAUCAACAGGAGUGAGGCCCACUGACUUCUAUGGCCAUUUCUACAUGUCAAAUACUACUGAUAUCGAACUUGCCGCAGUAGAUUGCGACAAAGCCAUAGCAGUUGAGAUAAAACACGACGACAAACUGUCUGAAGAUACGGGUGUAUUCAUUCAAACGGCGCUGUUAUACACAUCGUGUUCUGGACAGAGACGAUUGCGAAUUAUGAAUCUUUCACUGAAGACUUGCUCACAAAUGGCCGAUCUCUUUAGAAGUUGUGAUUUAGAUACUUUAAUCAAUUACAUGAGUAAACAGGCUACAUAUAAAUUAUUGGACGGCAGCCCCAGCGUUGUAAAGGAGGGACUUGUCCAUAGAGCCGCUCAGAUCUUAGCAAUAUACAGGAAGCACUGCGCAAGUCCAAGUAGCGCAGGUCAACUAAUUCUUCCCGAAUGCAUGAAGCUGCUACCGAUCUACACCAACUGUCUUCUCAAGAACGACGCUAUCUCAGGAGGUUCCGACAUGACCAUCGACGACAAGUCGUUCGUCAUGCAGGUGGUCCUGAGCAUGGAUCUUAACUUCUCGGUGUAUUAUUUCUAUCCUAGGUUAAUUCCACUACACGAUAUUGAUCCGAACCAGGAUCCUAUCACAGUUCCGAAUCCUAUUAGGUGUAGCUAUGAUAAAAUGAAUGAACAGGGAGUGUAUAUAUUAGAGAACGGAAUCCAUAUGUUCUUGUGGUUUGGUCUCGGCGUGAAUCCGAACUUUAUUCAGCAACUUUUUGGUGCGCCUUCUGCAAUACAAGUUGAUAUCGAUAGGAGUGGUUUGCCGGAAUUAGAUAACCCAUUGUCGAUAGCAGUUAGGACAAUAAUCGACGAAAUCAGGAUACAGAAACAUAGGUGUAUGCGGUUAACCCUGGUUAGACAAAGAGAAAAACUAGAACCAGUCUUCAAGCAUUUCUUAGUCGAGGACCGCGGCACUGACGGUUCAGCCAGCUAUGUCGACUUCCUAUGUCAUAUGCACAGAGAAAUCAGAAACAUCCUCAGCUAGCACAGAAGAUGAUCCAAAGGCAGACGGAAGAUAAGAUGAUAGAAAAUCUUGAAAUUUGUACUCUGAUCCUCGAUAACAUAUUUCCUCUUGUAUAAAGUAUUAUUAAGAUCUAUUUUUGUAUAGGGCAUGCGUUUGUAAAGGGUGCCAGAAGAAGUUCUUUAGGAUUUCUAGAUAUUCUAUUAUAUUAUGCAUUAUUUUGGGGUCUAGCUUGUCGGUGCUUUUAAAUAAAAAAAAUCAGUAUGUUUCCAUAUGCUCGGGAAAGGAAAUACGCAUUUUUUGUGUUUUAUUAAUUAUUUCAUAGCUGGCGCUUUAUCCGUACUAAGCACGCGGAGCCAAUUUUUUAAAACUCCUUACGCAACGGACCAUGGCAUCCUCUACAUUCAAAUUUUUGUUGCAUCAUUUGCACCCCAGAAUGAACUUAUACUAGCAUUUAGCUUUUUAAUUUUUAUAUUUUUAUCAAUCCGAUUUCUUCGAUAUUGCGACUAGUAUGGAGCGUUCGGAGUGCAGAUUUCGUACUGAGAAGGAAUUAUGCUUAAUAUAUAGAGAGAUUAGUGAAUUAUAUUUAAUUAUUUUGUAUCUAUAUUUUAUCGGUUUUCUUUAUAAUGUUUAUGUAAUAUAGAAUAAUUAAUAAAUAAGUGUUUAU